AUGGGGAUGCUAGUGUCAUUGUGCUUCCCGUUCUGGAUUGACGUCCUAGACCAGAAGGACGCUAUCCAAACGGCCAUACGUUUCCCGAACGCCGAGCAAGCGCAACACGAGCUCAAGGACGGGCUUCGGUUGAGUUGGGUCCUGAUCGACUUGGUGGGUCUACAAGCGAUGGACUUGUCAAGCCAUGCACCGGUGUCGGUGCAGCGGCUCUGGCUGAUGGGGGAGUUGCACACGAGUUUCGCGAUGGUUGUGGAGGCUGGGGAGGGAGGGUUGGCGACAGAGGCGGCGCAGUGCGGGGCUGUGGUGACGUGCGGGGGUUGGGCGGAGGAGGAGGGAGAGGGAAUGCAAGUGAGGGAAGUGAGCCAGCAGGUGGAGGACGGGGACGGAACAUACCUGAGCCUUCAUAACCAGCUUCCAUAA